CCGGCCUCUCUCUGUGCACAGCAGGUCAGGGUGGUGCGGUGCCUGGUCCCCCAUCUGCCUGCCCUCGCUGUCUGCCUCACCCUGGUCCAGCUGCACAGCCCCUGCUCAGCUGACUUUGCUGUGGUUGGACCCCCUGAGCCCAUCCUGGCCAUGGUGGGUGGAGACGCUGAGCUGCCCUGUCACCUGUCCCCGAAGAGGAGCGCUGAGAGCAUGGAGCUGAUGUGGGUGCGACCCAGCCGCAGGCAGGUGGUGCUCACGUACGCACACGGGCAGGAGGACACGCCGGCAGAGGAGUAUCGAGGGAGAACUUCGGUUUUAAGAGAGGGAGUCACUGCGGGGACGGCUGCUCUGCGGAUUCGCAAUGUCACAGCCUCAGACAACGGGACCUACGUGUGUUACUUCCAAGACGGAGAUUUCUAUGCAAAGGCCCAGGUGGUGCUGCAGGUGGCAGCACUGGGCUCCGAUCCCCACAUUGAAAUGAAGGGCUACAAAGCUGGAGGGAUCCAUGUGAACUGCACGUCUGCCGGCUGGUACCCGCAGCCCCAAAUCGAGUGGAGAGACGCCAGGGGACAGAACUUGCCUGCUAAGGCAGCGCCUGAGGCUGUGGACCCCCAGGGCCUUUAUGCAGCCUCAGCCUCUGUGAUCCUGGAAGAAGGCUCUGGGGAGGGGGUCACGUGUGUCAUCAGAAACCCCCUGCUGGGCCAGGAAAGGUCAGCCAUGGUUUCCAUCCCAGGUGAGUGCCCUGCCCACUGCCCUGGACUCCUCGGUGCCCCUGGGAGGUGGUGCAGUGGUCUGCUGCUGGCCUGGGUCCCUACGGGACACAGAGGACACAGGGACCUGAGGCUCCUUCCCCUGAAGCGGUUUAUGUCACAGACACCUUCUGAGCACUUCCUGUGUGUCACACGUGGUGUCAGGCAAUGGGACUUGGGGACACAUGGUGGAAGAUCAUACCACAGGAAAGGGGGAAAUAUGUGCAUCCGAAAUCUUAAUGAAAGAGCUCAUCUUCUUACAAUAUAAAGGACACAGUAGAUAAAAGAGCAAAAAUGGGAAUCAUCAGUUCAGAGAGAGGUGAAACUCACAGGAAGAUGCCAAAUCUGAGGGAACAGGGAAGUAUUUCCACCUGUGAAACUGGCGCAGAAGCGAAAAUGAGGUGGUGGGCGCCCCCUGGUGUUGGGCUGUGGGGAGACAGACCCUCAGACCUUCGUUCUCACAGGUGGAGAGAGGACAGAGCAUGUGCACAGUCUGCAUAGGGGCUGAUUUUGAUGCAACAAGAUAAAAUAUAUUUAGUUUUCAAAACUUACUGAAACCGGUGUGGCAGUGACCCUGUGUCAGGCCUGUACAAGCAUUAACUUAAUGCUCUCACUUAUCUGGACGCCAGCAACAGAUGGUGAUAUCAUUAGUUUAAGGUCACAGUGCUGCUCAGGCAGGAGACCCGGGACUGGAACCCAGGCCCUGCAGCCCCAGAGUUCCGAUCUUCAUCACCAGGCUCUUCUGAGUGGGGGGCAGAUGAUUAGUGGAGGGGUGCAGAGGCGACUUCAGUGACACUGCUGCCUCGUACUCGAUCUGAUCCCAUGGGGGAGGCAGACGUUCCAGGAGAAAGGUACUUACUGGGUGACACUAAGAGUUCUGGGCACUCUGGGGACAGGAAGGUCAUUUCAGGGGCUGACGCUACCCCUUCGCAGACCCCUAUAGGAACGCAGACCCUUGGAGGACGUUAUUCUUGGUGCCGGUGGUGGUGCUGGUUCUUCUGGUGGUCCUGUUGGGAGUGUCAUACUGCCUGUGGCGAAGUCAGAAGAGGAUCCAGGCCCCGUCCCAGGAGAAGGGGAGAGAGCACGAGCUGAGAGAGCAGCGGCUCAGGCAGAGCUGCAGGGGGUGGGAAGCGCCCAAGAGAUGCUGCAGGACGAGCUCAGUGAGUCCCCAUCCCCGUCCCUGCUGGUCCCCAGACUGGGCAGCUCAGCCUUUCAGGUGGCAUGUGCUCCUUCCACUAGAGCCCGGAGCGGCCGUGCUGGGGAAGACCCCGCUCUGCUGGUCUAGACCACGGGGUGCACACAGGGCUGCACAGGGCAUGGGACUGGUAUGGCUUCCUGGGGCUGCAGAAACGUGCUCCCCAACUUGGGGUGAAAGACACGGAACCGACCAUCUCCCGGAUGUGGAGGCCGGAAGUCUGAUCCAGGUGUUAGGUGGGAGGUGGGAGGGGGGCUGGCUUCUUCUGAGGCCCUGGGGCAGGUCCCGCCCAUCUUGGCACUCACCUCGUCUCCAGUGGCCAGCUGUCCUGGGUGCCCCUUGGCGUGGGUGCCCAUCAGUCAGCACCGGCCUCCGUCCUCACCCAGCCUCUUCCCUGUGGGUCUGUCUCCUGAUGACCCUUGGUGGGCACUGAACGCAGGGCCCAGUCUCGUCCAGUACGGCUCCCUCCCCUGCAAAGGCUGCAUUCCCAGGUCCCAGGGGUCCGGAUGCGGACCUGUCUUGCUGGGUCCAACCACAGCCCCCCUGUCUGGGGUGCCUCUCAGAGUUGGGGGCGGAGCCUGCACCUGACCCCACGAAGUACUUUCCCUGCUGCCACAUGGCCCCAGCCGACCUGUCACAUGAGGUGGCAUUUCCCCCGAAGUGGUUGGGCAGGGCCAUGGUGCAGGCCCAUGCCACCAAAAGUCACAGCUUUGCU